AUGGAGCCAGAUCCUUUUGAUGGCCUUCUUGACCUAGAAGAGAGGUACUACCAGGAAGGCUAUGCUCUCGGAGUGGCAGAUGGCUCGAAAGCCGGCCGCAUCGAAGGCCGCGUCUUUGGUCUCGAGAAGGGGUUUGAGAAGUUUGCUGCCAUGGGUGCACUGCAUGGGAAAGCGGCUCUGUGGGCUGCUAGAUUGCCACAGAUGCGACAAAUUCGAGCUCUACAGGAUUCAUCCAUUGAACAUGAGCAAGUCAAAAAGCCCUUGAAAGAGCCGGGUGGUCAGAAUGGGUCCGAUGCCGGCAAUGUAGAGGCUGACACCCAAGAGGAAGAUACCCAAAGGACCCCGCAGGCAACGGCGAUCACACUAUCACUCCUUCCAAGCAAUCCGAGGCUGGAGAAGCACAUCCAAACGCUGUUUGCUUUGACGGAACCCGCCAGUCUCUCUACACAGAACACAGAGGACGCAGUAUCAAACUUCGAUGACCGUCUCAAGCGGGCAACAGCCAAAGCAAAGGUCAUUGAGAAGAUAGUCGGCGAGGGCAGUGUUGAGUCUGCUCUCGAGGGCACCGACGCCCUGAGCAACGGCGCGUCCGAGAAGCGCAGCGUCCGCCUCGCGCAAAAUGAGAAGCCUGAAAGCAACAUGGAGGACUUUGGUGCCAGUGCUCACCGCGCUCGGUCUUGA